AUGCGCCUUUUCUUAGUUCCGAUCUCGACAAAACGAGUCCUCAUAUAUGCUCGACCUCUGAACAAAGAUUUAGCGAAAGAGCUUUCAAUUCUUGAUAGGCUCACAACAAAGGCAGCCGAAACAUGGGCGAAGUGGGAGGAAGCCAACAAAGGAUGGAAGAUGCACCUUGUUCGCUGGGGCAAUCGUGUCCAGCAACGGAUACCAUACGAAGAAUGGGCCCUCAAAAGCAUACCUUCGUUCAAAACUCAGCAGCGAAUUAAUGGAGAUCAUGGGAAGACCAAGAUCGAUGUGCUUUUCCCCGGUAACGCGGUGCGAUUGGACCGAAUCCAGGACGUGUUGCGCAAGAUCGCUACAGAGAGGCAAGAACUUCACCGGAAGAAGAUGAUAUGGAGCUUGAUUGCUGCGCCGAUUACAGCACCCCUUGGACUGAUACCAGUGGUUCCGAAUAUUCCUUUUUUUUAUCUGGCAUACCGAGGCUGGUCCCACUGGCGCGCAUUGAACGGCUCGAAACAUCUAGAACUUCUCGUCGAAAAGAAUAUCCUCAACCCAAUCUCAUUACCGGAGCUAGAACAACUAUAUGCCAAACGUGCAUCUGAAGGUAUUCCGGCUGAUACAUCAUAUUCCGAGGUUGCCGACAACAUAGAACAGAGCGAGGAUCGGGUCCUCUUGAAGAUGUCUGAUGCCAAGAAGUUGGCUACGAUCUUGGAGGCACCGGAGCUUGCGUUGGAAGCUGAACGAGCGAUUAUACAAGUCAGGGAGCAGCUCGAAGCUGCAGCGAAGGCUAAACAACAGGAGAAAGACGAGAAGAAGAAUUCAUAA